AUGUCGUCCAUGCGAGGCCUGGUUCAAUUCAUAGCCGAUCUACGAAACGCCCGGGCAAGGGAACUGGAAGAGAAGCGCAUCAACAAGGAAUUGGCAAACAUCAGGCAGAAAUUCAAGAGCGAGAAAUUAGAUGGCUACCAGAAAAAGAAAUACGUCUGCAAGUUGCUCUAUAUUUACAUCCAAGGAUACAAUGUCGACUUUGGACAUCUCGAGGCGGUCAACCUCAUUUCUGCCAUCAAAUACUCUGAAAAACAGAUCGGAUACCUGGCCGUGACUUUGUUCCUCCACGAACAACACGAACUCCUUCACCUGGUGGUCAAUAGCAUUCGGAAAGAUUUAAUGGAUCACAAUGAACUCAACAACUGCCUGGCCUUACAUGCUGUGGCCAAUGUUGGUGGAAGAGAAAUGGGUGAAGCCUUGAGUGCGGAUGUUCAUCGACUUCUCAUAUCUCCCACCUCGAAAUCCUUUGUCAAGAAGAAAGCCGCCUUGACCCUCCUCCGUCUCUAUCGAAAACAUCCGGUCAUCAUGCAACAAGAAUGGGCGGAAAGAAUAAUAUCAUUGAUGGAUGACCCAGAUAUGGGGGUGGUUUUGUCCGUGACAUCGUUGGUCACGGCAUUGAUUCAAGACAAUCCUGACGCCUACAAAGGAAGUUAUGUCAAGGCUGCUCAAAGGUUAAGAAAGAUUGUCAUCGAAAACGACAUAUCUCCCGAUUAUCUCUACUACAAGGUUCCUUGCCCAUGGAUACAAGUCAAGUUUUUGAAACUCUUGCAAUACUACCCACCGUCAGGCAAGUUACACUACAUGAAAGCGAGCCAGGUUCUGACAGGCUGA